UCACCGGAACCUAAAACCCUUGUGAGAGAUAACGCAUGUACUGACCUUCAGAGAAUGCCUAAGCCUGCAGAGGUGUGCAGUGAUGUGCUUUUGCCAGCAGGGGGAGCCACCGCGCUGGAACACAGGUGAGUGCACGCUGCUGCCUUUCUGCUCUUAAACGUGAAGGGUUUGGAAAAACUAUUUUCAACUAAAUGUAGAACAUUUAGAUGCGGUUUUUUUCGCUGCAUUUACAAAGAAUUGCUCAAAUCAGCGAAAGAAAUACAGACAAGAGUCUUGCUAGGAUCGAAUUAGACACCCAUCCAAACACCGUCCUGUCCACGCGUGGCUUUCCAUGCGUGGACAGGACGGCCAGUUUAAUGUAGCGUUUUUAGGCAUUUUGUUACAAACAGCACAAUUAUUAUUCCCUUUUUUACAUUCAUUGUGACAAAUACCAAAGAUAGCUGAUUAACAGACACUUUAGUGUAGUUUUUGCAUCCACGUGGUUGCAAACAAUUUGAGGAAACUUGAAAACUUUUUGAAAAUAGUAAGAGGGGAGGACAGAAGCAGAGUCAGCCCUGCAAGACAGCCACCAUCCAAAGAAGAGCUUCCUUCUCUGAGAAGAGCUCAAAGAGGUUUCAGGCUGUGCUGAAGUAUUUAGAUGUUAAUACCAACAUAAAAAAAGGCAAUUCCGAUCACGUGUCAUAAUUCAAACACGUGGAGCCCCAGUUCAACGCGUCUCAUUUGAAGUCUCAUUUGGGCAGAAUUGGAUCAGGAUGUGAGCGUCUCUCUGACUUCCUGCCCGGCUGUAAAUGCCAGACGGAGACCGACAGACCGGCUGCUCGUGUCUCCGCCCGCCUCUGCCCCCCCUCACCCACCCCCGGUGGGCAUUUUAGCGCGUCUUUACGCUGAGAGCCGCUCGAUUACGCAGCGUCUGGUUUGCGAUGCACACCGGUUCGGUCCGGACGAGCCCUCCCCCGGUAAACCUACGGGCCCCGCGCGGGCCAGAUGUGCCCCACACCGCUGCAGGGAUGUUCACGGCGUUGGUUGCUUAACGAUCAGCCGGUGGGAUCUGCAGGAAGGACCCGGGACCUUACCGCCCGGCAGAGACACGUGUGACUCUCUGCACUCUCCCAGUCACCGUCCUGUGGUGUGGAUGUCUGCAAGUGGCUGUUCUGACUGGGAUUAUCUGACUUCAGAGGCUUUUUGGGUGCAGGAGGAUAAGUAAAGGAUUCCAAACAUGCAAGAGAUGACUGAAACUGGGCUGAAUGGAGACUUCAAAAGCCAGUUCUCAGGUGGGAGCCACCACAAAAAUGGGGCCACUGUCAGUUUCCACAAUAUUUACUACAAGGUGAAGCAGGGGAAAGGCUGCUUCUCCCGAAAGACCACGACCAAAGACAUCCUCAUUGACCUCAAUGGGAUCAUGAAGCCGGGUCUGAACGCCAUCAUGGGGGCGACAGGAAGCGGCAAGUCCUCGUUUCUGGACGUCUUGGCAGCCAGAAAGGACCCCUCCGGCCUGUCAGGAGAAGUCCUGAUCGACGGAGCCCCUCAGCCCCCAAACUUCAAGUGUCUGUCUGGAUACGUGGUGCAGGACGACGUGGUGAUGGGAACUCUCACCGUCAGGGAAAACUUCAGCUUCUCGGCGGCGCUCCGUCUCCCGUCGAGCAUCAGCCAGCAGGAGAAAGAGCAGAAAGUCAACAGGCUGAUCCAGGAGCUGGGCCUGGGGAAAGUGGCCGACUCCAAGGUGGGAACUCAGCUGAUUCGUGGGAUCUCUGGCGGGGAGAGGAAGAGGACCAACAUUGGCAUGGAGCUGAUUAUCGACCCGUCUGUGCUUUUCCUGGAUGAACCCACAACGGGCCUGGACGCCAGCACGGCCAACUCGGUGCUGCUGCUGCUCAAGAGAAUGGCGAACCAUGGUCGCACCAUCAUCCUGUCCAUCCACCAGCCUCGAUACACCAUCUACCGCCUGUUCGACAGCCUGACUCUGCUGGUCAACGGAAAUCAGGUCUACCACGGCCCGGCUCAGACAGCGCUGGAGUACUUCUCAGAGAUCGGAUACACCUGCGAGGCCCACAACAACCCCGCUGACUUCUUCUUGGACGUCAUCAACGGAGACUCGACGGCGGUGGCCCUCAACAACGCGGAUGAGGAAGAUGCCGACUCUGUGUCAUUGUCCAGAAGGGGAAUCGAGGACAAGCUUGUGGAGGAGUACAGAAACUGCCAGUACUUCAAGCAAACAAAAGCAGAGCUGGAGAGAAUAGCUCAGGGAAAGCCGAAAACCUCCACCGCCCGCUCCAGAACCAUCACCUACAACACCAGUUUCCUGACCCAGUUCAAAUGGGUUCUGAAGAGAACCUUCCGCAACCUGCUGCUCAACCCUCAGACUUCCAUCGCUCAGAUUGCAGUGACGCUCUUCCUCGCUCUGGUCGUCGGAGCCCUUUUCUUUGAUGUCAAAGAGGAUCAGAGUGGGGUACAGAACAGGGUUGGCGCUCUCUUCUUCAUCGUUGUGAACCAGUGUUUCAGCUCGCUGUCGGCUGCUGAGCUCUUCAUCACCGAGAGGAAACUCUUCAUCCACGAGUACAUAAGCGGAUACUACCGUGUUUCCGUGUAUUUCCUGUGUAAGAUCCUGUCUGACAUCAUCACGCUGAGGACCAUCCCUGCCAUCGUCUUCAGCUGUGUUGCUUACUUCAUGAUCGGUCUUAAACCCACCGUCGAGGCCUUCUUCAUCUUCAUGCUAACCGUCGCUCUGGUCGCCUACACCGCCACCUCCAUGGCAUUUGCAAUCUCUGCCGACCAGACGGUGGUGGCGAUUGCCAACAUUUUCAUGACCAUCACCUGCGUCUUUAUGAUGAUUUUUGCAGGGUUGCUGGUGAACCUUCCCUCCAUCGUGAGCUGGCUGGCUUGGUUAAAAUACCUCAGUAUACCACGAUAUGGCCUUACUGCUCUGCAGGCUAAUGAGUUUACCGGGCUGAACUUCUGCCAUGGGUUGAAUAGCUCUAUCAUUCCCCCGGGAUCCUCCUGCACAGGGGAGGCAUACCUGGAGGAGCAGGGCGUCGAGUAUUCCCCCUGGGGCCUCUGGCAGAACCACCUGGCUCUCGGCAUCAUGACCAUCUGCUUCCUCGUCAUCACGUACCUCAAGCUGCGCUUCAUUCGGAAGUUCACCUAAACUUUUCCCACAACCAGUUGGAAAGCAAAAGUGCUACUUAAUAGUCGUUUCUCAGUUAUAAUUAGCCAUUUUUCCCUCAGGUAGGUCCAGAGUUACGUCCAGUUGAUUCACACGUUGCAGUGAGCUGUGAUCUAUCAGAGAAGUUGCGUGUAAAUUUAUAUAUUUUGUUUUAUGGAGCAUGUAAAAAAGAAGCUAUCGAUCAUUUAUUCACUCCGUGUUAAUGCCUGCAUCACACUGUAUUUACUCGUUCUGUAUUCUGAUUUUUGCACUUUAAAGUUCAAAGCUACACAAAUAUACCAUUAUCAUAUUUGUAUUUAUAAAUUUGUACAAAAUAAAGCCAAUUUUUUUCAUUUGAAAUAAUUUCUCUGAACAAUAAUUAUCAUGGGGGGAAUAAAUCCUCACAUUGUAAGAUGACAUCACAUCUGGGGUUUUCAUUCUUUGAUUCUUUUUCAAUUUAAUCAUAGAUUUUAAUUAGCCUCCUUGAUGAAACCUUAGUUUGAUGCUCUAGUCCCGAUUAGAAUCCAGUUUUACCAUUUUUUUCAAAGUUAACUCAGCACUGGUAUAUUUAUAGUAUAAACAUUUCUUCCAUAUUCGGAUGUAUCGAACUUACACAAACACACUGCAAAUAAAGCUGUAAAGGGACAUUUUUCUAAUUUCCCA